AUGACGGUGCUUUUCCUAAGACAGGUCUGGACGUUAACCGUUAAGAACCUCCUUGUGGUUCUGGUUCGUCCAUUCCUUACUACAUUUCUAAGAGCUCUUCUUCUACCAGUGGUAUUUAUUGCAUUCAUUUCCUAUGCGCGGAAUCUGUUUAUCGAACCCGCCGUAUAUGGCAUCGGUGAUCCGAAUCCACUGCGACCGUUGUCAGAGUCGCUGGGCCUCAUGGAUUCCACAAGGGAAAAGGUUGUUUUUGUCCAUAAUGGGCUGACCGGUGGUCCUAUCGAACAAGUGAUCAAUCAAGUCGCGGACCCCGUCAGAGAGAGCCAGAAACAAGCCCACAUCGUGUCGUCGGAGAGUGAACUCCGAGAGAUAUGUCGCUCGACUCUUCUCGGAGUAUCGACAUGUGUAGCCGGUGCUGUCUUCCACUCGUCGCCUACAGAAGGGCCGCACGGAGUAUGGAACUAUUCGAUUCGGACCGAUCUGGCUUUGGCGUCGGGGGUGAAUGUCGAUAAGGAUGACAACACGCAGGAGGUUUAUCUCCUUCCAUUCCAACAUUCAAUCGACUGGGCCAUUGCACAAACCAACACAUCUCUGGAUGAUAGUCGUCUUCCCAGUGAGAUCUUGGAGUACCCGUUUACAUCUCUCACCCGGAAAGGGCGACAGGAUCAAAUUAGGACGCGAUACAUGGGAGCCAUCAUCGACAUUAUCGCCGUUGCCAUUUUCAUUGGAAUAGUGGGAGUAACCUAUCACUUGACCGGUCUGAUUGCGAUGGAACGUGAGUUGGGUAUGAGCCAGCUCAUCGACUGUAUGAUGCCGAAUAACUCUCAGUGGCAGUCCCAAGCUGCUCGUUUCAUUUCUGCGCACCUGGCUUUGGACAUGGUCUACGGGAUAGGGUGGAUUGUAUCUGGCGCGAUCCUGAAAUAUGGAGUAUACAGCAAGACCUCUGCCGGAAUUACGGUUGUCUAUCACAUCCUGGCUGGCCUCGCGCUGUCAUCCUUCUCUAUCUUUGGGGCCUCCUUUUUCAGGAAGGCCCAGUUGAGUGGUAUUUCGGUGGUGAUCGCCUGUUUGCUCCUGGGUGUCAUCGCACAGAUGGCGCCCGCAUCGUCCAAUGGCUCCGUCGCUAUUCUUGGACUCUUGUUCCCGUCGAUGAAUUAUGUUUACUUUUCCAUCUUCCUUGCACGGUGGGAGAGACAAAACCUAGCGGCGAACUUAACACAGGCCGCACCCAACAACCCAUGGAGCCUUCCGGGGAUUGUCUUGUGGAUCUUGCUCAUUGUUCAAAUCAUCGCAUAUCCUAUCCUGGCUGCAAUUGUGGAGCGUGUCCUCUAUGGUACGACAUCAAAGAGCCGCCAAACCUCAACUUCCGACUCUUCUACGGCUCUUAGCCUGAAAGAGUUUACCAAGUUAUACCAGCCCGGUUGGUUUUACAGAAAUGUAGCCUCGCGGCUUGGAAGCAAUAGACGCACCGUUCUCGCAGUGGACAAACUCUCCAUGGAUGUUACGAAAGGCCAGAUCAUGGUUCUUCUUGGUGCGAAUGGAUCGGGAAAGUCUACGACUUUGGAGGCUAUCGCCGGGUUGACGAAAAUCUCAUCAGGAGAGAUUGAUAUCAGCUAUGGAGAAGGCGGUGGGAAGUUUGGCCUCUGCCCUCAAAAGAACGUCCUCUGGCCUACACUCACAGUCAAGGAACACGUGAAGAUCUUCAAUAGACUCAAAUCCACGGGCAAAGCGGAUACUCAAGAGGAUAUCAUGAAACUGAUUGAUGACUGUGAUUUGGGCACGAAGGUCAACGCGCUUUCCAGAACACUUUCCGGAGGACAGAAACGCAAAGUUCAACUGGCAAUGAUGUUUACAGGUGGAUCAUCGGUGUGCUGUGUGGACGAAGUCUCAUCCGGCCUUGACCCAAUAUCACGCAGGAAGAUAUGGGACAUUCUUCUGGCCGAGCGAGGAUCCAGGACUAUUCUUCUCACGACCCAUUUCUUGGAUGAGGCUGACCUCCUUGCCGACCAUAUUGCUAUCCUCUCAAAAGGUGUUCUCAAGGCGCAGGGCUCAAGUGUCGAAUUGAAACACCGACUAGGCUCCGGAUACAGGAUUCAUGUUCUCAAUGUCCCAGGAAGCGAGACAAAGUUUAGCUCCCAGUUUGACGAUGUACCGCACGAGGUGCAUUUUGAUGGGACAGUGUUUACUGUUCAGGAUUCCUCUGAAGCUGCUCGAUUUGUCGCCAACCUCGAACGAGAAGGAAUAUCAGAGUAUCGUGUCAGUGGACCGACAAUUGAGGAUGUCUUUCUCAAGGUGGCCGAAGAAGUGGAACUCAACGCGUCUCAGGAGAGCGCAGAGGACGAUCAAACCAAUAUGCACCCGAAAGGAGCUGGUGAUUGGGACGGAAAAGGAGACAGCGGUUCACUACAACUUCUAACAGGUGAACGGAUUGGGUUCGCGCUCCAGGCGUGGUAUCUGUUCCGCAAGAGGCUGACCAUCCUGCGGCGCAAUCCUCUUCCAUACGUCGCUGCGCUCAUUAUUCCUGUCAUUGCUGCUGGCCUAGUCACCCUGUUCCUACGUGAUAUGACGAAAGCUGGUUGUUCUGAUGAGAGCACAUCGCGGACACCAAGGUCUAAUUCUCUGGGUGCUCUGGAUGAUCUUCAAAUCGUGCUUGGUCCAUCAGAUUUGCUGCCACCUUCUGCACUCGAGAGUUUUGCAAACUCCUUACUCGGCCAGAGUGCUUCCAACGAAGGAGUGUCUAUUGAUGUUCGAGCUCUGUUCCACACGGUGGACAGCCUGGGCCAGUUCGAACAGUACAUACAAAACAACUUCGCCAAUGUGACACCCGGUGGCUUCUAUAUUGGGGACUCGUCUUCUCCCACUACAUUAGCCUGGUUAGGCGACAAUGGCGAUUUCCCACUCGCAGCCAUCAUACAGAAUGCGCUCAAUCGUGUUCUGACUGGGAUGCCGAUCAACACGCAAUUCCAGUACUUUGACAUCCCAAUCCAACCCGAUGCGGGCAAGUCUCUCCAGCUGAUCGUGUACUUUGGGUUGGCCAUGUCAAUCUACCCUGCGAUGUUUGCUCUAUACCCAACGGUUGAACGGCUCCGAAACGUGCGGGCCUUGCAUUUCAGCAACGGUGUACGGGGCACAUCGUUGUGGUUGGCGUAUCUAGCAUUCGAUUUUUGUAUCGUUCUGGCUUCCAGUGUCCUCGCCAUUGUCAUAUUCCGAGCUGUGUCCGACAUAUGGUACCAUUCUGGGUAUCUCUUUGUGGUAUUUUUUACAUAUGGGCUCUGCGCGACAUUAGUCUCCUACCUCGUCUCCUUGUUUUCCAAGUCCCAGCUCGCGGCAUUUGCGUUCGCAGCUGGCGGGCAAUGCGUCUUGUUCCUCAUCUACUUCAUUGCAUAUAUGUGCGUAUUGACCUACGCUCCCACGGACAAAAUCGAUUCUUAUGUCAACAUCGCACAUUUUACUAUCGGUAUCAUCGCGCCGUCGGGAAACCUUCUCCGCGCCAUGUUUACUUCCCUGAAUGUGUUUUCUAUUCUAUGUCGCGGCAGAGAGGUUGCCUCAUAUCCCGGCGAGAUCACCCUCUACGGAGGGCCCAUCUUGUAUCUCAUUAUCCAAUCCUUUGUUCUCUUCGGACUACUUCUCUGGUUUGACAGCGGCCCUGUCCUGGCUUUCCUGCGCUUGAGGUCUAAAGCAACCGACGUGGAGGAGAAAUAUCCCGUUGACAAAGACAUAGCGACGGAAGUCGCCCGCGCCACUAAUUCCGAGGACGGCCUCCGCGCCAUUCACCUCACCAAGACGUUCAAGAAAUUCACCGCAGUGGAAGACGUCACCUUUGGUGUCGGCAAGAGCGAGGUGUUCGCUCUCUUGGCGCGGUCUCGGCUCGGCGUCUGUCCACAGUUCGACGCCAUGGACCAGAUGACCGUCCUCGAACACCUCACCUUCUACGCUUGGAUCCGGGGUGUUCCUGACGUGCCUCACAACGUCAACGAAGUCAUGCGCGCCGUGGGCCUCAUCCCCUUCAAGCACCGCAUGGCCACCAAGCUCUCCGGCGGCAACAAACGCAAGCUCUCCCUCGGCAUCGCGUUAAUGGGCAACCCUACCGUGCUCCUGCUCGACGAGCCUUCCUCCGGCAUGGACGCCGCCUCCAAGCGAGUCAUGUGGAGGACGCUGGCGGCUGUCGCAUCCUCACGGUCUAUCGUCCUCACGACCCAUUCCAUGGAGGAAGCCGACGCCCUCGCCCACCGCGCUGGUAUCAUGGCCAAGCGGAUGCUGGCGCUCGGCACGACGGACUUCCUCCGCUCCAAGUACGGAAACAUGUACCAUGUUCAUCUGGUCCAUGCGCAGGCGCCACACACAAGCGAUGCAGACAUGGAACGUAUCCGCCACUGGGUUGCAGAGAGCUUCCCCAGCGCUGUCAUUGAGCAGAAGACGUAUCACGGACAGCUGCGAUUCAGCGUCCCGGCAGGGGUUUCGCCUGCAGGCGACGACUCGUCGUCGAUUACGGAGGACGAGAUCAAGAUGCAGUCCGCUGUUGAGUACACGGGGGGUUUGCCUCGUAGCGGUGGUAGUGGAAGCGUCAGCAAGCUGUUCUCGAAACUGGAGCAGAGCAAGCAUGCGUUGGGUGUGCAGUAUUAUUCUGUCAGUCAGACGACGCUGGAUCAGGUGUUCCUCACGAUUGUUGGACAGCAUAAUAUCAAGGAGGAGAACUCGGGGUAG